ACGUAGAGCUUGGCUUGUGAGAGUGAACUUGUAAUGUAUUUGUUCAGUGCCUUAUCCCAAGACAACAGUCUAUUUUCAGCAUUAACUAGUAGUCUGAAUUUGGAAUGUAAAAGAGGGUAGGAGAAAGGAUUAGCAAGUAGAAAAAAGGCUAAACUGCAUUAAUCUGAGUAUCAUGAAACAGCUUGCUGCUGCUGGAAUCCAUAUUCUCCUGCUAAUGAUAUGUCAUGUAUUUGGAAAUCAUCUUAUUCUGGAGGUGAGAGACAUUAGCAGAAAUACAACUGCCAAUUAUACGCAACAGACUGGUCUGAGAAGAUGGAAAAGACAAUGGAUGUUACCACCUGUUUCUAUAAGAGAAAAUGAAGACCCAGCUAAACAAAAUCCAGUUGCUAAAAUACGAUAUGAAACAGAUGAUGGCAAACCAAUAAAGCUGACUUACAAAAUUACAGGAAAAGGGGCAGAUGAAGAACCAUUUGGUUGGUUUUUAAUUGAUAAAUUCACAGGGCAUUUGAGCCUAACAACAGUCGUUGACCGAGAAGAGCAUCCAUUAUUCAAAUUUGCAGGGUAUGCUUUGGGCCCAUCAGGAGAUGAAGUAGUGGUGCCUAUACAGCUUUGUGUCAAAGUACUGGAUGAAAAUGAUAAUGCUCCAGUGUUUGCUCUGAAGAAAUUUACUGGCUCUGUCGAAGAAAGAAUAUCUUUGGAUACACCAGUGAUAAAAGUAGAUGCAACAGAUCGUGAUGAUUCUUCUACGCCAAAUGCAAAGCUUUCCUACAAGAUCUUAUCACAAGGACCUUCCACAAAGGAACUGUUCCAAAUCAACAAGCAAACAGCAGAGAUAUUUGCUCUCGAAGUUCUUGACAGAGAGGAAUAUGCAAACCAUACUCUGAUUGUGGAAGCGAAGGACUUGGAUGGAGAGGAAGGUGGAUUUUCUACAACAACGACUGUCUUUAUUAAAGUAUUGGAUGUCAAUGAUCACUUUCCAAGACUCCAACAUGAUUCGUACCGUGGAAGUGUCAAUGAAAAUACAGCAAAUGUUGAAGUGUUGCGGAUGAAAGUACUAGAUGCCGAUGAAGAAUUCACCGAUAACUGGCUUGCAGAGUUUUCAAUUCUGUCAGGCAAUGAAGGUGGUCACUUCCAUAUAGAAACUGAUCCAAAAACUAAUGAGGGUGUCUUAAUGCUUGUUAAGGAACUUGACUAUGAAGAGAUACAAAACCUUGAACUAGAACUUGCAAUUGCAAAUAAAGCAGAUUUUCAUCCAUCAGUUGCUGAAAUGUUUCAUACAACAUCAACUCCUGUGACAAUCACAGUGAACAAUUUAAGUGAUGGUCCUGCAUUCAAACCAGGAACUAAGGCAUUUGCAGUUCCAGAGAACCUCCAUGCAGAAGCUGGAGCUAUAGCAUCAGCAGGUGCUGGAGCUGGAGCUGGAGCCGGAGCUGGAGCUGGUGUAGGAGCCAGUGCAGGAGCUGGUGUAGGCAUUGGAGCUGGAGUAGGAAGCGGAGGUGUAGCAGCAGGCAGUAGUGGAGUAGCCAGUGGAGCUGCAAGUGGAUCUGGAACAAAACCUAACAGUGGAGCUACAUCUGGAACCAAACCUGGAGUCAAACCUGGGAAGCCUGGGAAGGUCAUCCUUGGAAAAUAUCCUGCUGUGGAUGGAGACACUGGCAUGACUGCAGAAAAUGUCCAAUAUGCCAAGGACUUUGAUCCUGACAACUGGUUAUCUAUAGAUCCUGAGACUGCUGAAAUAAGGCUUGCUAAAAUCCCUGAUUAUGAGUCACCAUAUGUAGAGAAUGGGAAAUAUGUUGCAAAAAUCUUAGCUGUAAGUCAAGAUAUUCCUCCAAAAACUGCCACUGGAACUAUUGUUCUGGAGGUUCAGGAUACAAAUGAUAACUGUCCAGUGAUCGAAAUGUUGUCAAGACAGGUCUGUGAAAAUGUUGCUUCUCUCAAUGUCUCAGCUCAGGACAUCGAUGGUAACCCAAAUUCUGCUCCUUUUACGUUUAAAAUCAUUGAUGAACCUGCUGGAGUAGCUGAGAUGUGGAAAAUAGUAGACAAGACUGACACCAGCAUCCAGCUGUUGGCCAAGAAGGCAGUAUAUCCUGGUACUUAUGAAAUUCCAGUUCUAGUGCAAGAUCAACAAGGUCUAAGUUGUCCUGAUAGGCAAGUUUUGAAGGUGGAUGUCUGCUCUUGCCCUGAUGGUGUCAGCUGUGCCAGUCGAAUGAUAGCAAGCGGUGCUGCACUUGGGGGAGGAGCAAUCGGCCUGCUGAUAGCAGCACUGUGUAUACUGCUUCUUUCAGCCCUACUGCUGCUGAUGUGCAAAUUCAGAGAUACGUCUGGCAAGAGCUUCAUAGCACUUCCUGAUGGAAGUGCAGAGGUGCUGCAGCUAUGUAACAAAGAAGGAGGAACACCAGUGGAUAAGGAUGCACUAGUUAUCGCACCUUCAAUUUUCAACUUGAUGCAGACCAAUUCAGCACAUGUUGGAGCAGUAGCCACUGAGCAAAAGUACAGAAGCCUGGAAAGGCAUGGCACCACAGAUGUCAGACAUUCAACACAGCAGACAAUGCAUUCACAGGGAGGACAGAGGACUAGUCCCAAAAAGAAGAAACAAGGAGAUUUACUUCUCUGUAGUGAGGAAUAUAAUUUCAGAGAAGCAAUGCAAGCAGUUGGGACCUUAGAUGAAGUGUUUCUCCGAAGGUACUUUCAAGAGAAAUCAAAUUUCUUAGCUUCAAAGGAUGCAGCUUGCCCAGCAAAUGAUUGUCUACUGAUAUUCAACAAUGAAGAAGUCAAUACCACUGAUGAGUCAAUAGAGUGGGGCAUGUUCUUUGAUGCUGGUGCCGAUAAUGCUGAUGAAAGCUUUCUGGAUGACUUGGGUCCAAAAUUUAAGACUCUGGCAGAAAUUUGCAUAGGCAAGGAAAUUGCCAGUGAAGUUCACAACACUCCAUCUGGACUUGUCAGACAGAACUCCAAUACCUCCUAUCAAUCUGUAGUGAGCCAGCAAAUGUCCCCCUUGCAAAGUCCAAGCUACUUAUCUAAGACAGCAAAUACAUACAUUGAAUCAGCUGUACAAAAUACUGAAAGGAAGACAAAUACUGCUGAGGUAAAAUACCCUACCACUAUAAGUCUGGAGCCUAAAGUUCAGCUUAACACUGUGGUUGCUAAAAAUCAUGGUGUCCCUGAUAUGGGACAACUGUCUCAUAUAUCAGUGCGUAAUGGUGCCCUGCAAGAGCAGGUCAUAUGGACAGAUACAUCCUUUGCUCCUGGGGCUAUACUUCAGCCUGUGGGAGUUAUUACAUCCCCUGUAGUUGAGCACAGAACUGCAGAAAGGUCUGCCCCUACUGUGUAUGGCAUUUUACAGCCAGUGACUGAUCUGGUAGGAGUACAUAAAGCCUCUGCCACAGAAGGACACUCAGUGUCUGGUUCAGGUGUGCAAGGGUACCUACUGAACAGAGACGGUUUGCGUCAACAGCACAUUUUAGUAACAGAUCAGCCUAUUAACCCUAAUGCAACUCGAUACGCAUCUCUCAGAGUUGGAAAGGAGAGUUCUGGUAGCUUGUUCAACAAUCAAUCAAUAAUGCUUGUAGAGCAUAUAUCAGAUGAGAAAUAGCAGGCCCUGAUGUAUCCAGGUGUAUUGCUGUAUACAGACUGCUCACCUAUAAAAUUUAAGGUUCAUGAGAUGGGCCAACUGCUGUCAUCCACAAAGGGAGAGCAUAAAUAAGUAUGCUUGGACACUACAACUAAAGUACUUCAUUUACCAAACAGGCCACAGAUCAAGAUAUGAAAUAAAGAAAAUCAUUUAGUGCACAACAUCUUGGACUAUCUCAAGUGAUAGUCUGUCCUAAAAUGAUUAUUCUCAUUUUCUUAAAUUAAAUUAUGGUUGAAUGGAAUAUUCAACAACACUUCAAUCAGUUUUGUAAAUUUUUGUAAUUAGUUUCUGUUUCUUAUAUAAAUUAUCUAAUAUUAAAAAUCAUCUAUGUCUAACAAUAGGCUUUAAAGUUUUAUCCUAGCCAUGUGACAACACUAUUGUCAUUUAAAAAUUCAGUGUGUACUCUAAUUGCCAUUCAUGUAGAAUUAAGCUGAAAUUUUAUAGUUGAGCCAAGGCAGCCUGUACAUAUUUGUGAAUCAUCACAAUAAUUACCAUUAAAAAAACACUUUAAACCAAUGGCAGACUGAAUGUUAUUAAUAAUCUCCCAUUCAUCUAUUUUCUGCAUACUUUAAUCCUCCAUUUCAGAGUAACUCUUUCCAGAGCCUCUUCUGACAAGCAACAAGAUAGGAUCCAGCUCCUGGUAUGAAACAACAAUGUUAUACGUAUAGUUUAUGUUUGUUUGGAUCAUUAAGUGAGAGAAUAUCCCUUCGCUGCAGUUGUAGCCCAUACCCCAGUGAAUUAUUUCUUCACCAUUCUUUGUGUGUUACAGCAUCCAUCUAAUGCUGUUGUAGUGACAGUUUGCAAAACAGCAUGUACCUUACAGCUGCUGUUUUAUCUAGUGAAACACAACAUAUAAACAGUUUAUGGAAAAAUAUCAAGUUGGCAAAAUGAUUAACUUGAGUUGAUUAUGCUGAUGAUGUAUGAAGAGGAAUAACACGGGCUGUACUGUCCUUAUGGUGAACUUCUGAUACCUACAAACCAAGGUAGAGAAUGCUUUGGUACAGGAUAACAUUUCUUCAGUUAGAUUAAACUCUUCUAUGUUUAAUAACCUAAACAGGUUAGCAUGAUGCAUUUUAUAUGUUUGUUAACUGCAUUUCACUCUAUAAUCAUCUUACUCAAUGUCCAAACUUAGAUCCAAGAGCCAUCCAGGAUACUUAACCACUUUAUACUCAGCAUACAAAAGAAAAGAAGUAAUAUCUAAAGAAUACAGAAUGCUUAAAAAUGUGAAAGGAAAUGUCAGAAGGUAUAUAGAAUAACUGGGUACUAGAUUUGUACUUACUAUGAUGUAGGGGUCUCAGAGGAUGCAAAUUUUACGAGUUGUAUAUGAUGAUUAGUUAAAGCAAUGCUUGUACUUCUAAAGUCAAUUCAGUAUAAGGUGUGGAAAAUAAUUUGGUUUAAGGAAUGUAUUGACAUUGCUUGUAAAACGAACUAAUGCAAUAAAACCACAGUUUAGCAUUAGCAUUCUGACCCAGUUGUAAUCAAAUUAAGUAAAUGUAUUGUAUUACUAGUCAAUUACAUAGAAAACAAAAAUGUGUAUUUAAAUUUAAAAGCCUCUAGUAAGCUAUGUAGCUUAUUGUCCUUGCCAGGGCUGUGGGUCACAAUAGCAUAACUAUACUGUAUUUUCACAUCUUUCAUAUGACAUUGUGUAAAAAUCCUGUUUGCAGAAGUUUGCAUUUAAGGUUUACUGACCAAGCAGUAAGUGUAAUCUAUAGCAUUUUGGUCUUGCAAUUUGAUUUGGAUUAUAAUCUGACAUUUGUCAAGAGUUACAGAACUUUAAUGAACCUAGCUGUACAGAAAACUACAAGUUCAGAACAUAUGUUCAAGAAUUGUUAAAUAUUUCUAAAAUGAUUUGGGAAUGUGUGAGAUAGUAGGACAACAUUUUGCUACAAAGUUAUAUAGUGGAGGGUAACAUAUUUCAAACAGCAUGAUUUGCAUUGUUUUGUAACAUUUAGUUAUGUAUAAAUGAAAAAUAAAAUAAAGGCAUUAUACCCAGA